CAAAUACAGAAUUAAAUAGAGCUGAUCUAGGAGGUAGUCAUAUGCAAAUCAAUAAAAAUUUGAGGAAGGAAGAGGAAUUACCUGAGGCGCUGAUCUAUCGAGAGAGAUGAUGAAAAGUCAGGUAGAUGCAUGCGAUUGAGAACCUACUAUCAAGGAGAGGUUGAGUGGCCGACGACGCGAAGAUCUACUGGUUCCAUGUUGCCCAACCAAAACCCAUUACGACCCACCUCCUGAAACAAGCCAUGGUGGAGAUACUGCCGCUCGGCCGGUUUCAGUUGCACCAGCAGAGGUUCGAAUUAAAGCGGCUAGUCCCGGCUUUUCUGUCAACUUAUGACAAGACCCUUUUCGCUGUUCUUUGGAUUGCCGCGUUCAUCUCUGUCUUUCUUUGGCAGCGGAAUGCUGUAGGGGUUAGAUUCUCGUUCUUCAAGGGGGCGGGUUCGGGUCGACCCAUGCCGAGGUUGCGGCCCGUUGCGUUCAAUUUGACUGAUUUUGGGGGAGUUGGAGAUGGGGUGACGCUUAACAUAGAGGCGUUUGAGAGGGCGGUGUCGGCAAUUUCAAAGCUUGGGAAGAGAGGCAGCGGACAGCUCAAUGUGCCACCCGGGAAGUGGCUUACGGCGCCCUUUAAUCUCACUAGUCAUUUGACUCUGUUUUUAGCUGAGAAUGCUGAAAUUCUUGGAAUUGAGGUAUGAAGUUUGAAAAUUAAUAGUGAUUUGGCAUUACUAAUUUAUGGAAAGAACUAAGGUGGCAAGGUUUUAGUCUUGACUGUGGAGUCUCUUCUAUUGCAUUUUUGUUGCUAGCUUAAGGAAGUGUGUGGUAGUCUUGUUUAGUUAUUCAAUUUGAUAAUAAGCACUUAAGUUUUUGGAGGGAUUUGUGAUUUUGGAUGGAAAAGAAAUGAGUUUUGGGUUCUCCUUCUUGUUUAUAACUUCAUAUACAUAGGCUCUUCUGAAAGCUUACUUGUGAUGUUUGUUUGAAAGGCUUCUUCGUAUUGCCAUUGGCUGUUGUUUGUUUGUAUGAAUAUGGGAGUGCAGAUUGGCUAUUA